AAAAAAUGCACCACUCCCGACAAUAAACAACCAAUCAGAGCCAGGGGGAGGGUCUUAGUACUGUCAAUCAAUGCUGCUUGAUACAUGUGCUAAUGGUGAGAAAUAACUUACCAUUUAUCCGCCGUCAUCUUUGGCCUUGCUAUCUAGCUUUAGCAUUCUCUGCAGAGAGAAAGUGGGGAAGAGGGAUGAGGAGCGCCACAUGAAAUUGUGAUUGACAGUGCCAAGACCCGCCUCUUGGCUGUGAUUGGUUGUUUCCAGUUAUCACUGGGAACACUUUGAAAAGACAGAGGUACUCGAUCCUUUCACAAAUGAUCUGUUUCAUACCACACUGUCACAAAAUACUGAGAGUUUAAGCAAAUAUGUAUAAAAAUAUUUUUUUUAUAUAAAAGUUAGAUACUGCAGCUUUAAUGCACAGACAACUUGAUAAAUGAAGACUUUUCUCAUCCUACCUUUGUUUUGACAAGCUUCUCUGCUUUAGAAAAUACCUCAGAAAAGUUAAAUUCUGCAUAAAGAGUGUUUAAAAAUAAUUUACAUAAAUGGGAAGUCAGAAAUAAUGUCUUCCAAACUGCCAUCUGUGUGUAAUUAACAUAUAUGUGGGUUUCACUUCCUGAUAAAGUUCCUGAAAUAAAUAGGCUUUUAUUGAAUGGGUUUGGGAAAAGAUGGUCUGUCCUUUGUGUGUGUGUGUGUGUGUUUUCCAGGCUUAUGUGUGGAAAUGUGAGAAGGUCAGACCAUAGGAGAGGCCUUUUCAUGUCUGUCUGUAUAUGAGCGCAGAGCAGAGCUGUAAUCAUUGUGCUGCUCACUAAUACAGCUUAAGGUCAUUGCAGUGUGUGCUGGUCGAGCUCUGAUCGUCACCUGACUUUAAUUUAACCGCUCCCAAAGACUGAAACCAUGAGUGUUUCACACGAGACCUGCUUGCUGGAACAGGUGUUGGAGCUUAUUAUGAAUGAGAAGCCACCCAACAGUGCAGGCCUUUUUCUAAACGAGGACACAGAAAAACCAACGUUGCCGGACAAAGUUGAGCUCAGGAGGCGUUUUCGCAGAGCCAUGGAGAAGAGAGCAGGCAGCAUGAGGCAGAGGAUCGGCUCCAUCAGCAGGAAAAGCCUCAAAGGUUUCUUCAGGAGGAACCUGUUCGUUUUGUUCACAGUGGCCUCUGUGGCUCUGGGUGUAAUCCUAGGCUUUGCUCUACGACCCCAUAACCUGUCCAUGAGGGAGAUAAAAUACUUUUCCUUUCCUGGGGAGCUCCUGAUGAGGAUGCUGAAGAUGCUAGUUCUGCCGCUGAUUGUCUCCAGUCUGGUCACAGGUAUCUCCUCAUUGGACAGGAGAGCAUCAGGAAAGAUGGGUGUGCGUGCGGUGGUCUACUACAUGGUGACCACACUGAUCGCAGUGUUCAUCGGCAUUGUGAUCGUCAUGAUCAUCCGGCCGGGAAAAGGCAGCAGAGACAGUCCUGCGGUGAAAACUGGAAAUAUUGAAGCCAUUCAGGCCACUGAUGCUUUUCUGGACCUCAUCAGGAACAUGUUUCCCCCUAAUCUGGUAGAAGCAUGCUUCAUUCAGCAUAAAACUGUGUACAAGAAGAUUGUUUAUACAAGAAACGUGACUCUGAACCUCACCGACUUGUUUAACAUAACAGACUCUCCUCUGAAUGAAAACCUCACUAGGGUGCAACACACCAUACAGGAGACAGUGGAGGAAACGGUUCCUGUGUCUGGUUCCUCUGCCGGAGUGAACGCUCUGGGUUUGGUCGUCUUCUCCAUGUGCUUUGGUUUGGUCAUUGGUAAUAUGAAAGAACAGGGACACGCUCUUAAAGAGUUCUUUGACUGCUUAAACGAGGCCAUAAUGAGGCUGGUAGCCGUCAUCAUUUGGUACGCACCAGUUGGAAUCCUGUUUCUGAUUGCUGGAAAAAUAGUGGAGAUGAAGGAUCUAGCAGAAGUGGGUGGUCAGUUGGGGAUGUACACAGUAUCUGUCAUUGUGGGUCUUUUAAUCCACGGACUCUUCGUCCUGCCGCUUCUCUACUUUCUGGUUACCAGAAGGAAUCCCUACAGUUUCAUCGGCGGCCUGCUGCAGGCCCUUAUCACCGCUUUAGGGACAUCGUCCAGUUCUGCUACUCUGCCCAUCACUUUCCGAUGUCUUGAAGAAAACAACCAUGUUGAUAAACGAGUGACUCGCUUUGUCCUUCCUGUGGGCGCCACCAUCAACAUGGAUGGGACCGCGCUCUAUGAGGCUGUGGCAGCCAUCUUUAUCGCUCAAGUCAAUGACAUGGAGCUAAACUUUGGGCAGAUUCUCACCAUCAGUAUCACAGCAACGGCUGCCAGCAUCGGAGCAGCAGGCAUCCCUCAGGCUGGCCUGGUGACCAUGGUGAUCGUAUUGACAUCGGUGGGACUGCCCACAGAGGACAUUACACUGAUCAUCGCCGUGGAUUGGUUCUUAGAUCGUUUGCGCACCACCACCAACGUGCUGGGCGACUCGCUCGGCGCCGGCAUCGUGGAAUAUCUCUCCCGUGAAGAACUGCAGAAUCAAGAUGCUGACCUGCGAAACUCCGUGAUUGAGGAGAAUGAGAAGCCAUACCAGCUCAUCUGCCAGGACAAUGACAUACUGAACCACCUCAAUAAUGAGACCACAAUGUGAGGAAAUUAGUUUUCAUCUGAAAGGACUUAACAGAUCAAUAACAUUUCAUCAAGAAAGUGAGGCUCAUUGAGAUAGAGGACUUUCUUAAACACCUUAAAUUGAAAUUGGUUAAAUAAACUCCUUUUUCUGCAACAAAUAAUCUUAAAGGGAGGGAGUAUUAUGUAAAAUCAACUUUUUGAACUUUAUAGCAUGUUAUAAUGUUAUUCCCUCAUCUAAAACAUAACCGGAGAGUUGCUUCGAUUCUUUCAUGCAUGUUUGAGGAAUCAUUCAAUCUCCUGUGGCCGUCAUUCGGGUUGCCUAAACUCUAGCUCCCACAAUGCACCAACUAUUUCCACAAAGCUCCUCCCUGGAGCAGCAGUCCGAAAGUCAAACUUCUGCCUUACAGAGCACGAAUCAGUCACAACUCCCCCACUCAGCUCCUUCAGACUAGUGGCAGCGACAAUUAGGAAUUGCCGAGGUCUGUUGAGCUCAUCAUACGAACAGCUUCCAAGCUCCAGCGUUGGUAAAGUAUUAUGGAGAAGCAUCGUUAUGAUGAUGUGCUGAGGGCGGAGUGUCAGAGAGAGCAGGAACUUCUUAAAGAGACAGAGGCCCAGUUUCAGGGUAUCAAAUUGUAAAAUCAAAAUUUUUUUUGUUAUAUUUUAUAAAUACAGCAUUUUCAUAACAACUAAAGGUAACAUAGUUUCUUGGUUGUGGUAUAAAAUGUCACUAGGUACUUUGUAUCCUAGAACAUUAAUAUAAAAAUAAAUUUAGGCCACAUAAAGUUCAGAACCCUUCUCAUUUCCAAAGCUUUAUUUAUCCACUAUGAAAAUAUUUUGCUACGUUAAAUGUGUUGUUUUUUCCCCCCAACUAGCAUUACACCCUAGCCUCCAGUGAGGCCAUUUCUUUAACAGGACCAAUAUUUAAAGCAAAUAUUAUUUCUUUUGUGAAUUCCCUCUUUUGUCAUUUUCAUCUUGACUCCUUCUCUUUGGGAGUUUUACAAAGUUUUACAAGGUUUCACAAACCACCAGAAAAGCACUCAAGCUCAUCAGUCUGUAAAUAAAAAUUACUGAAGUUUUUUUCUUUAUGGGGUUAAAAAUGAUGUGAGCUUUCCUACUCAGUUUAAUUAAGUCUUUGGAUGUACUUUACUGCUUGAAAGGUAAAAUCAGGAAAAAGGAUUUAAGUGUAGUAACAUGGGGUAAAUGAUUUUUCACACUGUGCUUUCUUAGAGGUGUUUAUUUGAUAUCAGAUAUUUAUUUGGUGCUAUUGCGACCCGGUAAUUUCAAAGAAUUAACUACAACGAUGCUAAAUGCUGUUAUUUUAUCCACAACACUGUGUGACUAAGAUUGUUUUCUUCUUGUAUUUUUAUUUAGAAUUGUACCAAGUAAGCCAGUAACUUAACAUCGAUACAUGAAAACUGAAAAAUCUGAAUUGACUGUUCCUCUUAUUGGUUUGUGAACGAGUACUGUGAAAACAUAUUGUGAGAGUUUAAAUAUAAAUUAGCUUUUAAGUGUGGUGUGACUAGUGAUUGACAAGUGCUUUUAUUUAUCGGUUACUUCAAGGCUUUUCUGACUUUGUGCAAUGAUUGUUCAGAAAUAUGGCUUAGUUCUGAUGCUUGAUGUUACCAAACAAAACUUUGUUUUAUAUGGAAGAGCAGCUACCUUUCUGCAGAGGUUGUAUGAAAAAUGUGAUGAAUAAAUGUCUCAGGAACUGAA